GCGACUCCCUUCUGCCGGGAUUACCACAUCAAGAAGCAGUGUUCGGGCAACUGUGGUCGCUCCCACAAUUGCCCCGUCACCAAGGUGCCCUUGGCCCUGAGCAAGGAGCAAGCGGCUGGAGCUGGCCGGGCUACGGGCAGAGCUGGCCAGGCUGCCACAAGGCUUGCGCAACGCAGGGGACGCCAAGUACAGGUGCCGUUGGCCCUGAAGUGCAAGGGAAAAGGGGCAGGUGUCCCGAAUCGCCUUGUGGACAAACUCAAGUGGUCUCCUGGCUGCUCGGCUGCAAAGGGUCCUGGCGGCGCAAUUGUAUUGCCUUUCGCGGGCAAGGAUGAUGGCAAGGACCUCCUUGACGAUGCUCUUUAUGGAGCCCUUUGCACCGCCGCACUGCAGGGGGCUCUUUCCUUUGUCGGAGCCUGCCCGGACUUCCGCACUUGGGGUAAGGUGCUGUCUCUCCCGCCAGGAAGCGCUGCUCCUCAGCCUGGGCUACCCCGGCCCUUCAGGGCGGUCACAAACUUGCUCCUGGAAUCCUGGGAUGGCAAAUUCUGUACACACCCAGACCACCCGAAGUUGACCCAUUCGGGGACCCUGGGCAUUAGGGGGCGGCGCCCGUUUGGGGGCAGCGUCAAGAUGCUGGGUUUCCUGGUGCAGGUCGUCUUCCUCCCCAUCUCAGAACUGGAGCUCACGCCUCUGGCCCUGCCCCUUGUCCCUGAAUUUCUUGCUUCGACGGCCUCCGGUGCGAAACAGCAUCCCUUCCCGGAUUCUGUGAUGAAGGAGAUUCGUGAUUUCAUUCUGCCAGAACACUCCCAGCCUGAGGCUGGGCAGCCAUUUUUCCUUGAUGUGAUCCAUGCGCUUCUCAAGGAUGUUCGAGAUGUGGAUUCCGAAUAUCCGAUUACCCUCAAGGAAGGUGUGCCCCUCGGAGUGGACACUCCCACUCUCAAGUCACCGGGGGUCUGGCCCCUUAAGUUUGAGCUCAUUGGGGAAGAGUGGGACCCAAUUGAAGCGCCUCCCCCUUCGGGGCACAAGAAUUACCCUUCUGCUGAUGUGUUUCAAGCUGAAAUCAGGUCGACGUUUGUGGAGGAGACUCCCCUAGGUAUGGUCAUAGGACCUUGCACCCGGGCCGAGGCGGAAGAGCUUUGCCCUUGCCCGAUGGCUGGCAUUGAUGAGUCGGACAAGAUCGGUUCCAUCUUUGAUGGCUCAAAGAGAG